AUGUCACCAGCACGCAUAAACUUUGAACAAAUUCGUAUCUCAACAUUUACUAAUGUGACUCUAUCUUCUGAAACAUUAGCUAAUUCUUCAAUUUCUACAAAUGUUACAUCAAGUAACAAUGAAAAUGAUAUUAUUAUCGGUCGUCGUGGCGAAGAAUUUGUUUAUAAAUAUCUUCAAUGGAAAUAUCCUAACAGAGAAAUUCAGUGGAUUAACAAAGAUGGUGAAUCUGUUAAAACAACUCGUUUAUCAACACAAAAUACAUUUCCAAUAUCAAUGAGAGAAGUUGAAUGCUUAAUAUCAAAUCAAAAUAAUUAUCAUAUUUAUCGAGUUUAUUAUUCCAAUGAUGAAAUAUCUUCAACAAUAACUAUUCUUAGUCAAAUUAAAUAUUAUUUAGAACAAAAACAUCUUUCACUUUCCAUGACAAUUCCAUCAUAA